AUGGUGGCGGAUCUUUUGACCAAGACAAAGAAGGAGAAGGAUCAUGGCACUUCUUUGGUGGAUACUGCUGCAACGUCAUCCAUGCAAUGGACUACUAGUACUAGUAAUCCGGAUCUUCCAUCACAGACCAUGUGGGCAUGGCAAGAAAUGGCCGAGAAGAGUUCGCUGCCAUUGGGAAGAGGAGAGGAGUCAGGUGGCAAUGAUGAUCAACAGUUGCUGGUGUCAUCGAAAGACUACUUUUUGGAACAUGGCUUUCCCAGGCAAUGGAAGCCUGGUAGUCUGGAGAGAAUCUUGCAUCAAAAGGGAAACAAAAAGACAGGGUUGACCAUGGCAAUCCUUGGAGGGUCUGCAUCUGCCAGAGCAGCCAACAAUUGUUCUUCUUCUACUACUUUUUAUACUACUAAUAGUAAUGAUGAUGAUGAUUUGUACGGAGGACGAUACAGCAAUCAGCUACAAGAGCGUUGGAACGUCAUGACAGCAUCAUCCACAGCACAACAAUCAUAUCCACACCUGGAGGUUGUCAAUCUAGCCCAAGGAGCCACGGAUUCCGUCACCAAUGCCCUCAUGCUGGAUCAACUCAUUGAUCCUCGCUCUACCGAUGUGCUCCUGUGGGAAUUCCACAUUAACGAUCACCACGGGAGUCUAGAGGAACAAGUGCGCAAACUGGACUUUUGGUUGACACGCGUCAGAGUACUCUACCACAAUCAACCUCCACCUCCCAUUGUCCUCUUGUACCUCUGGGAGUUCCAAAUCAAUGCCCAAAACGGAAAGUGGAUACAAAGGACGAAUGGCACCAUUAUCAACCAACGUGUGGUAAACUCUGUGAUUCAUAAUCUCCUCGACACACCCUCUUAUUCCAAUUGGGACAUUGGAGUCAUCAAUGUGGGAGCCGUCAUCAAUCGAACCACCAUCAUGGCCCAUUCAUCGCGCCUCUUUGAUGACCGUCAUCAUCCUUCUUGCCAGGCAGUGGGUAUUAUUGCAGAUAUGAUUCAAUACUUUUUAGUUUCCAACUUAUUAUCAUCAUCACUAGUACGUUCCAAUAAUGAUACUACUGCAAAUGACACAACCACAGGAACAACAAUCAGCAGUAGCAUCACCUCUUUCAGAGGAUCUGCUGCUUCUACUAAUAUAUAUACUAAUACUCAGAGUGUUCUGAGCCCAGAUAUUCCUCUUGAAUGGAAGGAAUUGUGGACGGACUUGUUUGAUGCAAACACCACGGUGGGGUCACUCUCACCUUGGGUUCCACGAGGACAGUUUGGCAACCACACAAACUCUGCAUCCAGUUCUGUUACCACCAAUCUACACAUUGCCAACAGGCACGAUAUUGACCAGCAGCCCCUUGCAUUGGAACAUCGGGUCGACAAGCGUCGCGCCGAUCGCAAAUACGGCUACAAAGUAUUCCAUUGUGAUGCUACACCAUCGUUCCGGAUCAAACUAUUGGAAUCUCGUUUGAAAUGGAUUGGAUUGGCCUUUGGGACACAGGCACCAGUCAUUACUAUCAAUGGCAUUCGCCUCCAUAAUGAUAAUCAAACCAAAGCCUCUUCCACUUGGAACAAGGCCAUUGUCUAUGUCGAUCGGUGGAUCAAUCUGUGGGAGAUUCUAGAGAUCAUAAGGGGCAAAGAGGAUGAUCAUCAAUGCUCCUUUGAACUGUCGUUGUGUCACGACGAAGAAAGAGGGAGCUAUAAACAACUACUGCAGUUGAUUGGUGUCUCGAUCGAUGGCGAGCACCCACACAACUUGGGUUGA